GCUUUCAAAAAUUGUUUACGUUACGAAUUGUGAGUUCAAAAGUGAUGUGACUGACAGCGUGUAAUUACACUAUUCUAUCGUUAAACUUUUCGCAAAUCUGUCACGAUGGUGCGUUAUGCUGCGUUGAAAGGUUUGUACGAUUUAGAGAAGACUAUUGGAAGUGGCGGUUUCGCGAAAGUUAAACUGGCGACGCAUGUCGCAACCGGCGAAAAAGUUGCUGUUAAAAUAAUGGACAAAACGGCACUAGGCGAUGAUUUGCCUAGAGUAAAACUCGAAGUUGAGGCAUUGAAAACCUUAUUACAUCAACAUGUUUGUAGAUUGUAUCAAGUGAUAGAAACAGAGAGCCAUUAUUUUAUGGUAAUGGAAUACUGUUCAGGUGGAGAAUUAUUUGAUCAUAUAGUUGAAAAAAAUAGACUCUCAGAAACAGAGUCACGAAAGUUCUUUCGUCAAAUUGUCUCUGCAGUAGCAUAUUUACAUAGUUUAGGAUAUGCUCAUCGUGAUUUAAAACCAGAGAAUGUUCUGUUAGACAAAGAAGAAAACUUAAAACUUAUAGACUUUGGUUUGUGCGCGAAACCAAAGAAUGGAAUAGAAUCACAUUUACAAACAUCGUGUGGUUCUCCAACAUAUGCUGCCCCAGAACUCAUACUAGGAAAAAAAUACUUAGGUUCUGAAGUAGAUAUUUGGAGUAUGGGGGUUCUUCUUUAUGCAUUACUUUGUGGUUUCCUUCCCUUUGACGACAAUAGUAUAGAGAAUUUGUACAGAAAGAUUCUUAGUGGGAAAUAUGAUGAACCAUGUUGGUUGUCAAGUAGCAGUAAAAGAAUGAUACGAGCAAUGUUACAAGUAGAUCCAGAAAAAAGAAUUACUAUACAAGAAUUGUGUAAUCAUCCAUGGAUUACAGCAGGUUUCCUCAAUCCUGUUUCAUUUGUUCAUAAAACCAAUUUUGAAAAAGAUGAUGAUGUGUUAAGUACAAUGUCCGCGAUAUGCGGCGAACAAGCUUCCGAGAUAUGGAAGAAACUCGUAAAAAGCGAUCGAACUGAUUAUAAAACUGCGACGUAUCUCUUACUCUUAGACAGAAAACUUCGUGGACUUUCACUACGAAUAUCAUCUUCUGCAAAGACUCACUUUAAGCAAGGGUGUGAAGGAGGAACGAAUAAUCUUAUUACUCAACUUGAUUAUUCUCCAAGAAGUAAACCGAAAGAAUCGCCGGUAUCACAAACCACUUAUAAGGUUUUGCCAAAAACACCUGAAACGGCCAAUGAUUUCACGGAACCACAUAUACCUGGGAGAAAACGACUUCGAAGUAAAGAACCGGAUGAUAUAUAUUCUCCUGUUCCUGUGAAAAGGACAGCAGAAAAAGAUCGAAUCGUUUCUACUCCGACGAAUACUCCGGUAUCGGAAUCAAAAGGAUCACAGUCGUCCACGCCGGGAAGUGCAAGAAAAGUAAUAAUGGGUUUGGAACGUGGGUUGAAUCGCGUACGUUGCGUCCUUACGCCGAAGAGGCGGGCGAAGAAUGAAAAUAUCGAUCCUGAUCAACCUAAUAUACUUUCUGGCAAGGGUCUUUGCAAUGUGUCGUCAACGUCCAGUGACGAUCCGAGAUACGUACUUGCCCAAUUACGUCGAGCACUCCGUCGCAAAGGAAUCAUGUGCCAUCAGAAGGGAUUUAUCCUUCAAGGAGAAACAGAAGAUUGUACAGAGGACGAAAAAGAUACAGUGCGGCCAUUUUCCAACAGGAACUUCUGUUCUUUCGAGUUAGAAGUUUGUUUAUUAGAGGGUGUUUCGAAUAAUAAAUUAUUAGUGGGCAUUCGACGGAAAAGAUUAAAAGGUGACGCAUGGGUUUAUAAGCGGGUGUGCGAAGAAGUUCUAGCUCUGGCAGCUGAAGAUCUCUCCGCGGAAUCGGAAGGUUCAACGGAGUCGAAGUGCCCGAUUUGAAGACGUCCUACUAUUUUUGUAUGAACUUUACUAGCAUAUAUUUUAGUCUAUAUAUUACGAUAAGUCCAGAAGACUACUACUCUAGUAAUUCUCUAAUAAUCCUUGACCUCUGAGCGCAAAGUUUGAGCAAGUACCAUUCCAGAAGAGAUACUACAGUAACAUAAAUCCUAUCUUCUUCCCCUGGUCUUCGAGGACUUAAAGUAAACCCGCAAUUCUGGUGAAGAGUAUAAUCGUCGAUUGUGUAAUAUUAUUUAUACAGUAUAAGAGAAUUACAAAUAAAUUAUGUAUAUCGUUUCCAUGCCAAGUCCAGUAUAUAGUCUUAUGGCAAUAAAAUAAAGAUAUUUUCUAAGUGCAUGCGAUGUAUUAUGUUUAUAGAAGCAAUAAGGCAAUAAAAAAGUAAAAAACGGCAUAUA